AGAAGUUCCUCUUUCUUUCCGCCAUAAUCCACGCGGUCUGUACCGAACAUCUCCUCCUCUCCGAUUAUUAAACUCUUCUGUUACUCGAUUCUCUCGGAAUUUAUCCGAUUGGAUUGAUCAGAGAAGAAGCUGGAGAAGCUGAUGAUGGAUCUGAAGAUGAAGAUGAUGAUGAAGGUGCAGGUUGGAGUGUGUGUGUUUAUGACACUGGUCCUCGCGCCUGGUCUGGGAGUUAAGCACACUCUGUUUUACACCUACACGGCUCUAUCUCAACCCCUCGAACUUCCUGGAAUCUAUGAGUUCACCGCACUGGGAAUGCUGGAUGACCGAGAACUCGACUACUACAGCAGUAAGACUCAGGUUAAGGUUCCAAAACAAAACUGGAUGAAAGAGAAGAUGCCACAGGAUUACUGGGAAAAAGGAACUCAGUCCCGUAAGAGCAAAGAGCAGUGGUUUAAGGUCAAUGUGGACAUCCUGAUAGAGCGCAUGAGACACAACAAGACUGAUCUUCAUGUUCUGCAGUGGAGACAUGGGUGCGAGAUUGAUAAAGGUGCAGAUGGGAAUUUAAAAUUUCUAAAAGGAAUUGAUGAGUACAGCUAUGAUGGUACUGAGUUCCUCUCCUUCGAUGAGAAAAACUCCAUAUGGAUCGCUCCAGUCCAGGCUGCUGAACCAACCAAAAGGAAAUGGGAUGAAGUUCCCAUCCUCAACCAGUACACCAAGGGCUACCUGGAGAAAGAGUGUGUGGACUGGCUCAGCAAGUUCAUGGAAUAUGGACAAGAAGAGUUAAAAACAUUUUCUAAACCAAAAGUGUACAUGUUUGUGAAGAAAUCAGUGAAAGACCCCAGCAUGCUGACGCUUACCUGCCUGGCCACUGGGUUUUACCCUCCAGAUGUACAGAUGCAAGUGAUUAAGUACAGAACUUCUCUACCUGAACAUCUGCUAACAUCUUCAGGGGUCAGACCCAAUGGUGACAACACCUACCAGCUGAGGAAGAGUGUGGACAUCAAUUCUGAAGAUCGAACCCAGUACAAAUGUCAAGUCACUCACAACAUGCUUGAGACAGUCGUAAGAAUCGAUGGGGAUGUUUUAGAAAACUGCCCGGCCUGUGAGACACGUUCAAGUGGAAUUGUUGGCGCAAUCAUUGGAGUUUUGCUUGUGCUGGUUGUAGCUGCAGUCGUCCUCUCUUUCUUGUGGAAAAAAGGAUAUUUGGGUGUUAAAAUGGUGCCAAAACCCAGGAUGGAAGAGAGGUGUAACAUCACUGAGUCUUCGCUAUCGAGGGAGCUGCACCAGCUCAUCAUGAAGUGAAGCAGCCAUUGCGGCUUCCAGCGGCAUUCUGUUUGACCAGCAUCAGGAUGAGCACUCCACCAGCAGCUCCAUUGAAGUCCAGUUGGCGGUGGACCCAGAGACAGGCAACUCCUCCCCCUCUUUUUCUCAAUCUCCCACUCCUUUUUUGUUGACUCUUCCCUCACUUGUGGAAGGAAGACCACAAGGUAGAGCCGUGUAUGUGGAAAAGUGUAUGUGACUCUUCUAAAGAGAAGGCAUGCAGAACCACGAGUGUGUGUGGGUCACCAGUUAACGGCAAUCGAGAAGAAAGAUGUCCAUGGGGCGAUCCCCUGAGGACUAAAGAAAGAUGGACCAUCCGAUCAUAAAACUUUGGAAGCGGUCAUCAGAAAGCCAUUAUCUGCAUUAUCUUAACCGAGACUGGAAGGCUGUCAUAGUCAUCAAGCCUACUGACACCUUCAGGUCCUACCAUGUGUGCAGUGCAGAAGCUUUCCAAAGGAUUCGUCAUCACCUUUUGCAGGAUAAAGCACAUCCUAUCACUGCUGAGUCCAAAAUAUCUUCAAGCACUCGACACACAAUGGAUCACCCAAAGCAGACAGAGAGACGUAUGUUAUCAGAUCAUACAUGAAGUGAACCCUGAGCUGGCAACGUGCUAAAAUGGUGCUGAAACCUGGGAUAAAAGAGAGGUAUAACACCAAGGAGUCUGUGCCGUGGAGGGAGCUGUACCAGCUCAUCGUGGAGUGCAGCAACCACUGUGGCCUCAACCUGCAUCCUGUUCGGUAAAAUGGGGCCAGUGUCAGAAUAGGCAUUCCACCUGCUGUCACGCCUCUCCAGGGAAGUUCAAUUGGCGGUGUACAUGGAGACAGGCAACUUUCCCCCCAACCCCCAUUCCUCAGAAUCCAGGAACAGUCCCUCAACUUCAACCUCUAAUGUUGAGCAGGCCAGACAUUUCAGUUUGCGCUGUUUCAGUGACCGGUGACACGGAUAAAAAGAAGAGAAAAGAGCCUCGUGGAAGAGAGACACCUUGCAGAGCCGACUGAGUGUGUAUGUGGAAAAGUGUAGGGUGAACUUGGAGAGAGAAAGCAUGCAGAACCGAGUGUGUGUGGGUCCCCAGUUAACGUCGAGAAAGAGCAUGACCAUUCGAUCAUAAAACUUUUGAAAGGGAACUUUAGAAAGCCAUCUGCAGUGCUACAAAGACUACAAAGAAUGAUGAAGUACAGUUUCAACAUGUACCUGGCAAGAUUUUUCAGUGUAAAUUCAGGAGUCAGUGAGUUGGAAGCCUGCGGUAGUCAUCAAGCCUGCUGACACCUUCGGGUCUGACCAUGUGUGCACUACGGAUGUUUUCCAAAGGAAUAGUCAUUACUUUUGCACGAUAAAGCACAGCCUAUCACUGCACACAAUGCCACUGGAUUGCUCAAUGCAGAAAGAGACAGUUAUGUUACCAGAUCAGGACGUGAAGUGAAGCCCAGAGUUGUUUUUGAGUCAAUGUGCUCUG